AUGGUCCUGCCCCACCUGGCCUGCAUGGCUUGGCUGUAUCAAACUCAACUGGCGGGCUUCCCCGCGGACCAGGUGCUCAAGUGGGCGCUGGCCACGCCAGUGCAGUUCGGCUGCGGCGCGCGGUUCCACGUGGGAGCCCUGCGCGCACUGGCGCGCCGCGCCGCCAACAUGGACGUGCUGGUGUCGCUGGGCACCAACGCGGCCUACUUCUACUCCCUGCUCUCCAUCCUGCACCACCACGCCGCCUCCCACCACCAGACCCUGGCCUACAAGCCCACCGACUUUUUCGAGACCGCCGCCAUGCUCAUCACCCUGGUGCUGUUUGGCAAGUACCUGGAGGCGGGGGCCAAGGCGCAGACGGGCGCGGCCCUGGCCGCGCUGUGCGCGCUGGCCCCCGCCACUGCCAUCCUGAUCGAGGGGGGCGGCGACGAGGGCGAGCAGCAUGCAGACGGGUGGGUUGCCCCCGACGCCCCGGGCACGCGCCCCGAGCCCGCCGCCGCCGACCCCUCCCCCUCCACGACGGAGCGUGAGAUAGACUGCGCCCUGGUGCACGUCGGCGACCUGCUCAAGGUGCUGCCCGGCGCCCGCGUGCCCGCCGACGGCGUGGUGGCGAGCGGGGCCGGGCACGUGGACGAGAGCCUGCUGACGGGCGAGGCGGCGCCCGUGGCCAAAUCCCCCGGCGACGCCGUGGUGGGCGGCAGCCUGAACCUGCGCGGGACGCUGCGCGUGCGCGCGACGCGCGUGGGCGCCGACUCCGCGCUCUCCCAGAUCGUGCGCCUGGUGGAGGGCGCGCAGCUGGCCAAGGCGCCCAUCCAGGCCCUGGCCGACCGCGUGUCAGCGGUGUUCGUCCCCAUCGUCGUGGUCCUGGCCUCGAUCACGUUCGGCGUCUGGUAUGCGGCCGGGCGCGGCGGCUGGUACCCGGCCGCCUGGCUGCCGGAGGGGCACACGCCCCUGCUCUUCGCCCUCCUUUUCGGCAUCGCCGUCCUGGUCAUCGCCUGCCCCUGCGCGCUGGGACUGGCCACGCCCACCGCGGUCAUGGUCGGCACGGGCGUCGGCGCGGCGCACGGGAUCCUGAUCAAGGGGGGCGACGCGCUGGAGCGCGCCGCGGGCGUCACCCACGUCGCCUUUGACAAGACAGGGACGCUGACCGCGGGGCGGCCACGCGCCGUGGACGUCGCCGUCUUCGCGCCGGGCGUGGCCGCCUCGGACGCCGCCCUGCUGGCCGCCGCGCUGGAGCAGGAGAGCGAGCACCCGCUGGCGGGCGCGGUGCUAGCGCUGGCCGCCGGCCUGCUGGCCGCGGAGAAGGGCGGCGGGGGAGCGGGGGCGGAGGAUCGCGACGGGGCGAAGCCAAUCGCGCUGGCCUGCCCCGCGCCGCCCGCCGCCGCCGCCGCCGCCGGUGCGGGCCUGCCCCACCAGCGCAUGCAGGGCCUGGCGGGGCGCGUGCCCGUCGUGCACGAUUUUCGUGCUUUCCCUGGCGAGGGCGUCAGCGGCCGCGUGCCGCUGUACCGGGACGCUGGUGGUGCGCAGGCGGACGCCGCCGGCAGCACCAGGCCCUGGACGACGGCGCGCGGCGGCGGCAACGCGCUGCGCCUCACGUCACAGCACAGGUCCUGGUUCGCCGCGCCCGACCGCCUGCGCUCUGCCGCGGGCGCCUCGGGAGCAAGCGAGCUGGAGGUCGCGGUGGGCAGCGCACGCUUCCUUGAGCAGCGCGGCGUGGAGGUCGCGGGGGACGGCGCGGCGGACGCCUAUGUCCGCGCCGCGCAGGCGCGCGGCUGCACCGUCAUCCUGGUGGCCGCGGGCGCCGCGCUGCUGGCGGCCGUGGCGGUGGCCGACCCGGUGAGGCCCGAGGCGCACGGCGUGGUGGCGGCGUUGCGCGCCGCCGGCGUCGGCUGCACGCUGCUGACCGGGGACAACUGGCGCACCGCACGCGCCGUGGCAAGCCAGCUGGGCCUGGACCACAUCGUGGCCGAGGUGCUGCCAGCGGGGAAGGUGGCCGCGCUGCGCGCGCUGCAGGCCGCCCCCGGCGCGGUGGUGGCCAUGGUCGGCGACGGCGUGAACGACGCGCCUGCGCUGGCCGCCGCCGACGUGGGCGUCGCGGUUGGCUCCGGCGCCGACGUCGCCGUGGAGGCGGCCGACCUCGUGCUCGUGCGCAGCGACCUGGAGGACGUGCUGGGCGCGCUGGGCCUCGCGCGCGCCACGCUGCGCCGCAUCCGGUGGAACUACGCCUUCGCGUUGGGGUACAACGCGCUGGCCAUCCCCGCCGCCGCGGGCGCGCUCUACCCGUUCUUCCGCGUCCAGCUGCCGCCCUGGGUGGCGGGGGCCUGCAUGGCCCUCUCCUCCGUCUCCGUCGUCUGCUCCAGCCUCAUGCUGCGGCGACACGUGCCGCGGCGCCGCGUCCUGCGCGACGUCCUCGUCGUCAAGGGGCGGGAGGAGGCGGCCUGA